UUACCACCUUGCUUUUUCCAAUAUAUAAGUACUCCCUUGCCAUAAUUCAAACACAUCGACCACAAACAGAAAAUUAAUAUAAAAAAAAAAAAUCAGUGUGUCAUUUAGGUCCUCCUCUCUCCCUCUCUAUCCAUAUCAAUUCGAUCAUGGCAUGCAAUUUCAAAACUGUUCCUCUUCUUCCUCGGAAAUUUCUUUCAUCCACUGAAUGGAUGCCAUCGACGAGACUAGCCCAUGCUUUUCGGUCUCCAAAUGAUCAGGGCAGUGCCUCCAUUGUAUGCUCAGUUGCAGCAAGUCAUGAGACACUGGAAACAACUAGUGUACUUGACUUGGACACUUUGGCCACGAGGUCAUUAGAAAAGAGGGUAAUUAAUGUUGUGACCGAAGGGAAAAAAGUGAGUACGAGGGGAAAAUUUGGGAGGUUUGGAGGAAAGUACGUGCCUGAAACACUAAUGACUUGCUUGGGCAAGCUCGAAGCUGAGUUCAACUUUGUUUUACAGGAUGAUGAGUUUCAGGGAGAGCUUGCAACAGCUCUGAAGGACUACGUAGGACGCGAAACUCCUCUGUACUUUGCCGAGAGACUAACUAAUCACUACAAAAACAUUAAUAGUAAUGGAGAAGGGCCAGAGAUUUACCUCAAGAGAGAAGAUCUGAACCAUUGUGGUGCACACAAGAUCAAUAAUGCCAUUGCCCAAGCAAUGCUCGCCAAACGCAUGGGCCUCAAUAGCAUUGUGGCUGCCACCGGAGCCGGCCAGCACGGUGUUGCAACAGCUGCUGCAUGUGCCAAACUCUCUUUGGACUGUACCAUUUUCAUGGGUAACUUGGACAUUGAAAGACAACCUUCCAAUGUCCGCCUAAUCAAACUGCUCGGUGCUCAGGUUAAAUCAGUGGAUGGAAAUUUCAAAGAUGCAACCUCAGAAGCUAUUCGGUGUUGGGUUGGGAACUUGGAGAGCAGCUAUUACUUGUCAGGUUCCACGGUGGGGCCUCAUCCAUGUCCAAGCAUGGUACGGGAAUUUCAAUCGGUGAUCGGAAAGGAAACAAGGAAACAGGCAAUGGAGAAGUGGGGUGGGAAGCCAGAUGUGUUAAUAGCUUGUGUAGGGGGUGGUUCAAAUGCAUUGGGUAUGUUCCAUGAAUUCAUAGGAGAUGAAGAUGUGAGGUUGAUUGGAGUUGAGGCUGCUGGACAUGGCUUAGAUAGUGGGAGACACUCUGCAACAAUAGCUAGAGGGGAAGUGGGAGUUUAUCAUGGAGCUAUGAGCUACUUGUUGCAAGAUGAUGAAGGCCAGAUUAUUCGCCCAUACUCUAUUGGUGUUGGGUUGGAGUACCCCGGAGUAAGUCCAGAGCUCAGCUUUCUUAAGGACAUUGGACGUGCUGAGUUCCACAGUGUCACAGACGAAGAAGCAAUAGAUGUUUACCAACGACUAUGCCGAUUAGAAGGAAUUUUCCCGGCCUUGGAGGCCUGUCAUGCAUUGGCAUUUCUAGAGAAAAUUUGCCCCACUUUACCCAAUGGCACCAAGGUGGUUGUUAAUUGCAGCGGGCGUGGAGACAAAGAUGCUGCAACAGUUUUCAAAUCAAGACAGAUGGAUUAUUAGCUAAUUGAUUUAUACAUAUCAUUAUGAAGAUAUCACUGAAAUUGUUCAGGAUUUGAAAUAGAUGCUUAAAAGUUGUGUUACUUUUGUUCAGAUAACUACUACCUUUGGUGCAGAAAAUUCAAUUAACUUAGAAAAGUCAACGUAUUUUCAUACAACACUUGAGAGCAUGCGUUAACUUGUAUAUCUUUUAUGAGGUAUUGACCUCUAUUUAUAAUAAAUCCUAAAUGGUUGAGUCCUUUUAAGACUCACAUUACUUGUUAAA